GGUCCGAGCCUGGGGCCCGGGACAGGGCCGGGGCGCCAUGGCCGAGUCCCAGCUGAGCUGCCUGGACGAGGCGCACGUGAACGAGAGGGUGACCGAGGCACAUGCCUCCUUCUACUAUUGCGAGAGGCGGCGGGCCGCGCUGGAGGCGCUGCUGGGUGGAGGCGAGCAAGCCUACCGCGAAAGUGUCAAGAAGGAGCGGCUGCGGGACUUCCUCUCCAGCCAGGAGCGCCAGGCCCUCUGCGCCGCCUGGAGCCCCUAUGAGGAGGCGGUUACCAACACCCGUGCCAAGGCCAAGGCCAAGGCCAAGGCCCCGGCCGAGCCCGCUGAGUCCCUGGCCUACUGGCCAGACCGCUCAGACACCGAAGUGCCCCCGCUGGACCUGGGGUGGACAGAUUCCAACUUCUACCGCGGCGUGAGCCGAGUCACGCUCUUCACCCACCCGCCCAAAGAAGAGAAGGCGCCGCACCUGAAGCAGGUGGUCAGGCAGAUGAUCCAGCAGGCCCAGAAGGUCAUUGCUGUGGUCAUGGAUCUGUUCACUGACGGGGAUAUAUUCCAAGACAUUGUGGAUGCUGCCUCUAAGCGCCGGGUCCCAGUAUACAUCAUCCUGGAUGACGGUGGAGUGAAAUUCUUUUUGGAGAUGUGUCAGGGCCUAGAGCUUGCAGACUUCCGCAUUCGGAACAUCCGUGUCCGCUCUGUGACAGGAAUGGGGUUCUACAUGCCCAUGGGGAAGAUCAAGGGGACUCUCUCAUCAAAGUUCCUGAUGGUCGAUGGGGACAAAGCAGCCACCGGAUCUUACAGCUUUACUUGGAGCUCCUCCUACGUGGACAGGAAUCUCCUCCUGCUCCUGACAGGACAGAAUGUGGAGCCCUUUGACAGAGAGUUCCGAGAGCUGUAUGCCAUCUCUGAGGAAGUGAACCUGUACCAGCACCUGGGCCUGGCAGGCAGGAUCGGCCUCAACUCCUCCUCCACUGUAGCUCGAAAGCUUAUCAACCCCAAGUACUCAUUAGUGGCAGGUACCCGCCCUCCUCCAGGAGAGAUGAUGCGCUGGGCAGCCCGGCAGCAGCGGGAAGCCGGUGGCAACCCAGAGGGGCAGGAGGAGGGCAAUGGCGGUGGUGAGUCUGCCCGGCGUCUGGAGAGCUUUCUGAAUGACCUGGUCACAGUAGAGCAGGUGUUGCCCACAGUGGAGCCCAUUCCCCCAAGAUUGCUGAGACCUAAUGAUGGCAGGACGGCCUCUCAUGCACACACAGACCUGAGGCACAAAUCCCGAGAGGCACUUCCCCAGAAUGGCAAGGGAGAAGCUGCCAAUGGAGAGGCCACUGCAGCCAAGGAGGGCAAACGCUUUGGCAGCAGGUUCUUCAGCCGUCGAGUGAAGAGGCCUGCAGUGCCCAACAACAUUGCCAGCUCCCCGUCCACUGAGACUUUUGCUGAUGUGGAGUUUCCUCUCGGAAAGAGGCACAACGAGGGUUCCAGUGCCAACAUAUCAGGUAAAGGAGUCACCAAGGCCAGCAACUGUAUAAUCUCCUGAGCUGCAGGGUAUUGGUGGGCAGGACCUGCAGAUGCCCACCCUGUGAUCCUGUGCUGAGAAGAACAUGGCCUCUUCCCUGCACUAGGUCAAACAUCAGAGGUCUCCUACCUGUAGCCUCCAUUCCAGUCUUAGUGCCGAAAUUCCAGACAGCAGGAUUUGAAUCUCAUCUCAGCAUCCAAACCAUCGCAUGCCUGCAGCAGCCUGCAGUGGUCUGACAAGGAACACCACUGCCUUGUUUACAUGAAGUAGAAGCCUGACUAGUGUCUGCUUUCCUUGUUGCCAACCUGUCCUCCACUGGGCCAGCCCUCCCUGCAGGUCCUCGAGUGGGACAAGGGGCCAUUCUUUCUGCCUCAAUAGGACAGGGCAUCCAAAGCAGACCCAGCCGCUUGACCUUCUCCUUUGACAUCUGGUGCUGUCUAGUUCUCCAUACCCCAGAGGUUGGUGGGAAAAAUCGAAGGUGGGAUUCUGAGCCAGUCUUGCUCCAGAUAGAAGAUGCAGCUGGAAUGGCUGGACAACUGGCUAUUAUGGCCUUACAGACACUCAUUCCUGAUGGCUCCUGAACUAGUCUGCCACUGGAACUGGAGUGGGAAUAGGAAUACUUCUGCCUCCUUCCAGCUAGUGUGGGAGGAUCCAACUGUGCUGGCCAAGAGCCCCUCUCCUCCCUACACUGUAGCCUGCCUGAGUGCCCUGGAGCUCCCUGGCAGUGCUGUUGAAGACUAGAGUUUGUAGAGUGCCUUUCUCUUGGCCUGCUCCUUUCUGUAGGCUUUUGUUUACAGACCCUGUGGGGGAUGGGUGUGCAGGGGAGGAGGCUGACCCUAAGGACUGGAGCAUUUGUGUUCCCCAGCCCUCCAUCCUCAUCCACUGGGGCUUCCUCCAUGAAACUUCAGCCGAAGACUAGCCUUAGCCUCUUUCAGAAUUGCUGGUUGUUCUUAGAAGCCUCAGUUUCUCUAAAACAGGUUGGCUUAAUUGCUGGGACAAGCAGCCAGCUCCCCUUACAGUGACCUGUCCAGACUGAGGGAGAGUGAGCGUGACAUAGAAGACAUCGUCUGACUCGGCUCUGGUCAACCCUCCUAACAGGCAGAAUGACCACACAGAAGCCUUUCCACUCCUCCAAGCCAAAAUCUUGUCCCCUUUCCUUUCUGAAAAGACCUUGGGUACCACUAGUACCAGAGAGGGACAAGGGCAUCUUCAGAGGCAGCUGGUGAGAGGCGGGGAGGGGGCACUGUGGACUACAGAGGUAGGCAACACCUGGCAACCUGUUCCUGUCCCUGCUGGUGGGGAGGGAGAAAGAAAAAAAUGGAUGGCCUCAGUCCAGAGUCCCCUCUGUUUACCCUGAGGUUAGCCCCACCGUAGCUUCCCAAGCCUUUGUGAGG